GUAAUAGAGGUAUGUGCACAUUUGCUCGGUACUUAUUUUAUAUUUUCAAACUAACGCGUAAAUUAUAAACAUUUACACUGUUCGACAUACCGAAUAGGAAAAUAUUGUUUACGUACGAAUUCAUAUUGUACUAUAUUAGUAUAGGUGUUAUUCCUAUACAACAGUGUACAUUAUUGUGCCUAAUAUAUUGGACGACUUUUUUGUCACAUAAAUCGGACGUAUUGUUUUUGAGUUCAUUGCGUGAAUUGUAACAUAUAUAUCUAUGAUGGCCUCUAAACAAAUGGACAAUAUGAAGAUUAACCGGAAAUGCCGUCACGGCGGCGACGAUUACGACGACGUCUGUUUCAUGUCAAAAGUGAACAAGGGCGCUCAGAAAAUCAUGAUCGCGGUACCUGAUCAGUUAGCAGUUGUAUUCAUGUGGUCCCUGUUGACGGGGGUGUUCAUCGUUUUCCUGAUGGUGGCCACGUGCGUUGUUCUAAGGAUCGAAUCGCCACCUUUUCCGUCAGCGGCACUGCAGACGUCACGCUGUCCAACCGCAUCCAGACAUCCGCUGGUGGCCAGGCUGGACGUCGGCCCUGGUGACGUGCACUACGUUUUCUUGGAUGACAACGACCGCAUCCCACGGCUGUCAGCUUGUUCGCUGGAGUCAGCCGUGGACGCCGGUUCGGGCGACGGCAGCCGUGGUCGCGUUAACGUGUUCGUCGUCAGUGGUAUCAAAUGGGUCGUGAACCACAAUCGAACACUUUCGGUAAGUGUUCCGUGCUGUAAUGACUAA